AUGGAAGGUAUCUCAGGCAGCUUGCGGAGGGGUUUGAAGAAGUACUGGAGGAGAAUGGGAUACCAAAGAUUAAAUGGAUCGGAUCGGCGAAGGAGGAACAAGGUGGAGGAGCUAGGAGCCACCGGCACAAGGAGAUGGCGGCGGAUCAAGAUGGCCCCUAAGAUUAGGAUCCCCGCAAUCUGUUCACCCAAGAAGUUGGUGCUGUGGGUGAGGGACGCUUACGUGAGGAUGAUGCUGGGUUUGGCAAAAACGAUGGGUACCGGUUACGGCGGGGAUGCCACUUCCAUCGCCAUAGGUGGGUUCGGGAGGGCCCCACCGCGCAAGGAGUACGAUGAGAAGAUGAUCAUCCAAAUGUACAAUAAGUCCAUGAUUGUGACGACGCAGGGACAGUUGGUGCCACGCGAUUCAGCACCCAGUAAUAUGGCCUCAUCAGAUACCGCUUGCCAACGGUGA